AUGAAGAGUAUCGAAGCUCCAUUACUGGUGAAGACUAAAGAAGAAAAGAUAAGAUGGGAGAAGAUGAAGAACGUUGCUUCAAUGGCUGUUCCAAUGAUCGCCGUGAACAUGUCUCAGUUUCUUCUUCAAGCAACUUCUACGAUGAUCGUCGGUCACCACAGCGAACUCUCUCUCGCCGGAAUCGCUCUUGGAAGCUCCUUUGCUAACGUCACCGGUUUUGGUGUUCUCUUUGGACUUUCAGGCGCAUUAGAAACACUAUGUGGUCAAGCAUUUGGAGCAGAACAAUACCACAAGCUCGGAUCAUACACUUUCACUUCCAUGGUUUAUCUCUUGAUUAUCUCUUUCCCGAUUUCGAUUCUUUGGAUGUUCAUGAACCAGAUCUUGACUCUUCUUCAUCAAGAUCCUCAAGUCGCAGAGUUAGCAGCUGUUUACUGCCUCUGGCUCAUACCGGCGUUGUUUGGUUACUCGGUUCUUGAGUCGUUGGUUCGAUAUUUUCAGUCACAAAGCUUGAUCUCUCCAAUGGUUUUGAGCUCUCUAGCUGCUCUCGCUUUCCAUGUUCCUCUUUGUUGGCUAAUGGUUCAUAGAUUCGAGUUUGGAGUCAAAGGAGCGGCUGUGUCUAUCGGUAUCUCUUACUGGCUCAACGCGGUUUUCCUUUGGGUUUACAUGAAACGCUCUCAAGCGUGCUUGAAAACGCAGAUUUUUAUGUCAAAGGAUGUGUUUAUUCACACAAAGAUCUUCUUUCAGUUUGCGGUUCCUUCUGCGAUGAUGUGUUGCCUUGAGUGGUUAGCUUUUGAGGUGAUUACUCUGCUGUCUGGUCUACUACCAAACUCAAAGCUCGAAACUUCGGUUAUUUCGAUUUGCCUCACAACCUCUUCUUUGCACUACAAUCUAGUAAAUGGAAUUGGUGAUGCAGCAAGUACCAAUGUGGCGAAUGAGCUAGGAGCUGGUAAUCCGCGAGGUGCUCGUGAUUCUGCAUCAGCUGCGAUUAUAAUUGCAGCUGUUGAGUCAGUCAUUGUGAGCUCUACUCUCUUCUUAUCUCGCAAUGUAUGGCCUCUUGCUUAUACCAAUGUGGAGGAAGUAACUCGUUAUGUGACCGAGAUCACUCCCAUUUUUUGCAUUUCAAUCCUCAUGGACAGCUUCUUGACCGUCCUCUCCGGGAUUGUGAGAGGGACAGGGUGGCAAAAAAUUGGAGCUUAUGUGAACGUAACUUCUUAUUAUAUCAUUGGUAUUCCCGUUGGACUACUAUUGUGUUUUCAUCUUCACUUCAAUGGGAAAGGACUUUGGGCUGGUUUAGUCUCAGGAUCAACAUUACAAACCUUAAUCCUCUUUCUUGUUGUUGGAUUCACCAAUUGGAACAAAGAGGCAAACAAGGCUAGGGAGAGAAUACUAGAUGAGAAAGUUUUGACACAUGACUCAUUGGUUACUUGA